UCCCAACCCAUCCCGUCCAUAUACUAUUAUCUUCUACUACACUCCACCCUCCAGUAGUACCUCUCUUUCUACUACUUCCUCCAACCUCACUCACCAUCAAAACCAUAUAUACCACCGAGAAACAAAAAAAUACUAAUAAAAAAAAACACCACCAAAAUGCGCCUCUCCUCCCUCUUCCUCCUCCCCACCCUCCUAGCCACCACAGCCAUAUGCGCCCCCGAACCCAUCCCCAAUGUGAACCUCAACGACAACAACCUCGUCGCUCUCGCGCAAGCCUUAAAACCCUCCCUCCCCACACAAACUCAACCACCUCCCAACCUAGAGAGCGUAUCCCCGCCACCACACGCCGUCGUGCAUCAAGUCAUCACAGCCGUUCCUCCUACAGCGCUCGCGCAGCUCUUCGUUCCCGCGAAGCGUGUCGCCAUGGCGAGUGAGUUCAGCGCGGGCAAUACGCCCGAGUGGUAUAAGGCGCUGCCGACGGACGUGCAGAGUUACUUUGCUGAGGUGAAGAGGCAGAUUGCGGCGACCGGGGUGGGUGAGGCGAAGGCUGCGGAGGAGACGAAGUCAAGUGGUAGUAGUGUUUCUGCUGAGGUGAGUGGGUGGUUGGUUGGGUUGGUUGGUGCUGUUGCUGUUGUUGGGGGGGUUGUGGUUUAGGGUUUGGGGUUUGGAUUAGUAUGGGGUUACUGGGUAGGAUGGUCGGAG